GACAGGUAUUAACUACCCAUCUAACUAAAAAUUUACCUGAAAAAAAUGUCAAUUUUUGAGGUUUUGCCGAUAUUUUCCAGAAUUGAAACACUGUGGCGCGUACCAAAAAUCAGUGAUUUUAAAUCACGAAGUUAGGCAACCCAUUGCACAGACACUGACCGCGGCCAUUUUUAUGUUGUUUACAAUUCUUGUGCUGUUUAUACAGAAUUUAAACGUUGUUUUUAAGGAUAAUUUGUGGGUUGACUAUCCUGUAAAUGUAUCCUUGGAUGGGGAAGAAAAUAUCAACAUACUGUUGGCAACACUGCUCUGCAAACAACAAUGCUGUCAAAUAUCACUAAGUGCUGUCAAAAACUCUGUUUAUUUUUGUAAUACUGCAUAAAUAAUGAUCAUAGAUAGUUUAUAAUAUUCUGUGAUAGAGAAUAAAAAGUGUUUUGGUGAUAAAACAACGUAGAAAUGGCUACAGGCCGAGAACGACGUUCAAAUGCGGGAAAUCGCAUGUCGAAAUUGCUGGACGAAGAGGAAGAAUGUCAAGAUGAAUUUUACAAGGAAAAUUACGGCGGUUUCGUCGAAACGGAAUCGGAUAACGAAUACCGAGCCGAGAAAGAAGAGGAAGACGUUGUAGACUCUGACUUUAGUAUCGACGAAAAUGACGAGCCUAUUUCUGAUAAUGAAGAGGAGGGGCAAAAGAAGAAGCGCAGGCUUCUUGUAACGAAAGCUUAUAAGGAACCUCCAAAACAAACCACACAAAAACCGAAAGCCAAGGUCCUCAAACCUACCACGCCAAAAGUAAAAACCUUAACGCCUGCCCAACAACAGCAACAAAACGAUAGUUAUGAAAGAAAGUCAAUAAGAAAAUCAACGGCUGCCAAAUCUGCAGCGACAGCUCAAAGAAUAAAAGUAAGAAAUUUGGAGCAAAAAAAAAAGGUUAAAAAACCAAAGGAGGAAGAAUGGAUACCAACUCAGGAAGAAUUAUUAGCCGAAGCCAAGAUUACUGAAGUUGAGAAUAUUAUGUCUCUAGAAAAAUAUCAGAAAAUGGAAAGUGAAAAAAAGACAAAGAGAUCAGAUAAAAAAGCUUUUACAGGCCCCGUCAUUCAAUAUAAAUCGACUAGGAUGCCUGUAAUAAAAGAUAUUAAUUCCAGCAAAAUUGGGGAUACAGAGACAUAUUGCGGACGAACAUUUAUCACAAUACAAAACGACCCCCAUGACGUCGUGUACAGGAAAAUGUUCAACAUUCGAGCGCCCCCAUCUCUCCCCAAAAAGCUGACGUGUGCCAUAACGGGGCGACAUGCUAAAUACGUUGACCCUGUUACUUGUGUGCCUUAUCACACCAGCAGCUGUCUAAGGAUCAUACGAUCUGCCUACGCGCAGCAGCUCGAGGUGCACGGGGAUAAAAACAACCCGAUGGUUGCCGAAUGGUUGAAAUGGUACAAGAAGAAUAAGGACAAACUUAACCGGGAGAUGGUGCGCAAAUUGCGAGGGGAUAAACAUAAGUUGAUGACGUAGGUUUAACAGAAUAAAUUUUUUAAGUACACAAGUGUUUUAUUACCAUCCCAGAG